AUGGUCACUGUCAUUCCGCGGCAGCGACUAGAAGGGCUUGAAUUGUUUGGAGGCACAGUACCCCCCCUUCUGCCACCACGACGAACAAAUCUCCCACUCUGGUUAGCUCUCCUCCUUAAACGACAACGCCGCGCAAAUAUUCUCCCUCCCCCAUGGCUAAACCCCGAAGCACUCACUCUCAUUCUCGAAGUAGAGACUGACCGCGACUCCCUUGGAGACGCGUUCUCUCCACCCCCACCGCUGAUUUCGAACAACCUCAAUGGCAGAGAUAAUGGCACGGGAAAUCGAAAUAAUGGCCCACCAGCACCUAGAUAUACAUUAGACGGGCAACUUUAUUACCCGACGCCACCGUUUAUACUGCAGAAUACCGCGGAGGAUAGCAUGACAGCCCCUUCUCUACCAUAUCACUGGUUGGAGCUUUCGACAGUGCUGUUAGACGUCGCGAGCGAUGACCUGGUUGACGCGGACCAAAUCCGCCGGCUAAUAAAAGAUUUGAGAGAAGUACGGCUAGCGAAAAUGAGGAUUCAAGUCAAAGGGCUAGAUGCCACUGCUGUCGGAGGUGGGGAUGGGUUGCCGCUAACUGGCGUGGGAGCAAUGGAAAUUGGGGAGAGCAGAGGGUUUAUGUCCGGUGUAGCGGAGACGUUUAGGCAAAUCGGAGCGUCGAAAGAAGAAGCUUCAAAAGAACGGGAUGCCGAGGAAGCUGCAAAUACACAGUACGAUGAAACGAAUGAUGAUUACGAUGACAUGGAAUUAUAG